AUGAUGCUGCAAGUUCUUUCUGGACCUCUGGCAAAGGGAGUGACCCGCGAAGGCCGUCGCUACCAUGGGAUCUGCAAGGCUCGCGUGUCGUCGUCGUACACCCAAGAUGGAUCCCAGAGGAGCAAGGAGGUCCUUAGCUCCCCGACGCCAUCUACCGCCCCUGACCAGAUAACCGACUUCAAACACGGGUUUGAGCUCUUUGCUGAGCUACAGCUGUCAGAGAUGGAGAAAAUAUUUGAGGAUGCUGCUGACGUGACUGGAGCUCUGAACAUGAAGGCUUUUCUUAAGACCAUGAAGAAGGCUCUGAGCAAUGUGUCAGAGGAGGUGCUAGAGGCGAUAUUUUUGAAGGUGGACUCAGACUGUAGUGGCUUCGUCACCUGGCAGAAGUACGUGGAUUACUUGGUGCGUGAGUUCCGGGGAAAGGAGGCGAUGAGGAGGAGCCAGUACCGCCUGCGCUUCCACCUUCCUAUGCGGAUCAUCCCCCAGAAUCAUGGUUGUGAAAUUGUGAAGGUGGAGUAUUUAAUCCAUCGAUUCAAGAAGAUGGGCCAUUUCCUGACUGUCACCAAAAACGGAACCCUACAGUUCUGGUCUGAGUCCUUCUUGCUGCUGAGUUCCUUUAGGCUUAACCAGAUCCAGCGACCCUACAACCAGCAGAUGUGGGUCAUUGACAUGGUGUGUCUCCACAACAUGGACCUGAUUGCCAUUGCGUCUGCUGACCAGAAGAUAGAGUUCUUUGAUAUUAGUAACCACAAAUGUGACCGGGCCUUCACCUUCAUCGAGCUGGAUAGCUGUGUUCUGGUCAUGGACUACUGGUCUGACUAUCACAGAGGUGUGUUCUGCUAUGGAGAUACCAAGGGCAACAUCUUCAUUUUCAUCUCCGACAACAUGGCGAAUGGGCUGUUCAACCCCCGCAUCCUCCCCAGGACAUCCAAAUGGGAUCAUUGGAUCGCAGUUUCUAUGCAGAAGCUCUUAAAUGAGAAGUCCACUUCACAUAAAAGUUACCGACUAAAGGCUGUCCAUCCCAACUGGUGCCAACAGAUCAAGUUCAUUCCUCAGCUGAAUCUGGUGGCCUCCUGUUCAGCCACUGAGAAGUCCUCCCUGGUGCUGUCAGUAUUGCCAUCCAAAACCCCUGACAACCUCAAGUCACCUGUGCUGAAUUUAAGGAGAGGGAUUCUUUGCUUCGAUUACUUCCCAGACAAAAACUUCCUGGUGACUGGUGGCUAUGACCCCCUCAUCCGCCUGUGGAACCCCUUGUUCUCGACAAAGCCUGUGUGGCUGAUGAAGGGUCAUCAGACCUCAGUGACGCACAUCCUUGUGAGCAACACGAACUACAGCAUCCUCAUCAGCAUCUCCAAGGACAAGAAUAUCCGUGUGUGGGACAUGCAGGACUACGUGUGCCUCCAGUCCUUCUGCGGGAAGCUCUUUGCCCUGGGGAACUGCCCCAUCACCAGUGCCUACUUCCACAAGGACGACACGCUCGUCUGCAGCACCUAUUCAAUUGGAAUCUUAAAUGGGUACUUGGAGUCCCAGGGGCCUGAGAAAACAGGGGAGAAGACCACAACUCACAGAUCCCCGCUGUGUGCUGUCCUCUACAGCAAGACCUUUAAACAGGUGGUGAGUGGCAGCCUGAAGGGCAUGGUGAGUGUGUGGGAGGUCAUGACAGGCAGGAAUAUGAUGGAGUUCUCUGUGGUGAAUGCCCGUCACGUGGAGCUGACCGCCAUGGCCCUGGACGAGUCCGAGCGGUGCCUGCUCACGGGGUUGCGUGAUGGCACAAUUAAGAUGUGGAACUACAACAAUGGCGAGUGCCUGCGGACCUUCCCCAAAACGGACCAGCUGGAGAUUAGUGGGAUUAUCCAUAUGAGCCAAGUGUUCUACGUGACAGGAUGGAGUAAGAGAAUCACUUUUAUGAGGUUCCAUAAGACCAGGCCGGUGCUUGUGUGCCACCAUUGGCAGACCUUCCACACGGAGGAUGUCCUGAGCAUGGCCAGGUACCAGAACCAGUUCCUCGGGACCUCCUCCUACAAUGGGGACAUCCUCUUCUGGAACGUCAACUGGUUCAAGCCCAUCUUGAAGUUCAAUGCCGCUGAGAGCCCUUUGCCUUUGCCACCCAAGAAGGUGCAGGGAACGGACGACUGCCCUUCUGAGAACUACAGGGCCAGCAAGCCCUGUGUGGAGCAGCAGCAGUGGGCAUACAAGGCCUCCCCACAGCACAUUGGCAGGACUGUGGGCAAUGCCAUCCUGCGGUGGAGCCUGACAUCGGCCCCUCCGGCGAUGAGACACUUGAGAGAAAAGCAGCAUGAUAGACACAGGCCCCCACAGAAACCUGUCAGUGCUGACAGCUCCAGGAAACCAAAAGUCUUUCAUGAUAAACAGCUAUUUUCCGGAGAGACUGAAAAGAGAAAAACGGAACCCCGGAAGAAGAUGGUACCUACCAAUACAUCUGUGGAGAAGAUCCUCUUCCUGCAAACCAGACCUCGCCUGCCACACACGGCUGCCCUGCUGAGCAGCUGCAUUGAUGGCUACAUCUACGCCUGGUCCGUUCAUGGGAAUGGAGGCCUGCUGGGGAAGUUCCCUGUGGAUUUCCAAGACACAGGAGAUGUGGUUGUGGGCGCCAUGGCCACUGACGAACAUGACUGGAUUCUUGUCACGGGGGAUUGCAGAGGACGCAUUAAGAUCUGGGACAUCAAAGAUUACUGCAUAUCCACUGACCCUCGGCUGUCCCGAAGCAGUGGGGGAAAGGCUGUCUCUGAAACAGAGAACAAAUUCCAGCUCUUAAUUCCUAAGCAGUUCUGGGUCAGCCCCUCCAAAUACGUGUCCUUGGAGGAGAAGCAGGUUGUGGAUGGCCAGACCAUUUCUCUGACUCCCCCCACGCUACUGAUUACCUGGAAGGGCCAUUUGGAGAGUGUGGAAGACAUCCUGUAUGUGGACAGCUUCCAGCUGGUUAUCAGUGCUGGUCUGGACCAGAACGUCAAGGCUUGGAAACUCUAUGGCGAUGCUGUUGGGACGUUUGGCUUGAGUGUUUGGAGUAGACUGCAGGAUGCCACGCUGGGUAGUGAGCACGAACAAGAUGAGAUGGCUGCCUCCAAGGAUGCCAUUCCGAAGGUCUCCAAGCUGGAGUUUCAGGAGGAGCGGGAUCUUGCUGAGGCCCUGGCCUACCAGCGGCGGGAGCAGGUGGUACUGAUGAACUUCCUGCAUGGGAAGGAAGACACAGAGGCUGAGGCCUGGGCCAAGCUGCAGAGGAUGGCCAUGAUGUCACCUUGGGCUAGAGAGCACUCCCCAGAAGACAUCGAGAACAGCUGGCGCAACUGGGAGUCCAAGGAUAAGCAGGUGAGCAAAGUCUUGGGAACUGCAUAUAAGCCCAAGGAACGGUUGCGGAGUCCCGAGCUUCUGUCCACCGAUAUGCAGUAUGCCUGCAUAAAGCAGCAGAUCUCACCUCCAAUCUACCAAAGCUUGCACUUCAAUGACCUGAUGCCUACCAAGCAGCCUGACUUCUCCACGGUAUUCGGAGACCAGCCGGGCCAGCGUGUUUCCAUGAUGCCCUACCACCUUGGAAAGGGCCUGGAGCACAACAGGGAGCAGACUGUGCCCAAUCUCUGCACCAGCAUGCCAGCGGCCACCUCCCUGCCUCCGUCUCACUCUCUCCCUCAGCCUCGGCCACCUCCCUAAGGCUCCGGUCCUCGCUGAGGCCCUGGUCAGCCAUCGUGGCCCAGCCCACCCCUUCAGUUCUGUCCCAGGAGUCUAAGUCCAUCUCACAAAGGUCAGGGACCCCUGUUUCCGUCGCCUCUGCCCUUGAGCAUCACUCAGAGCCUCCAAAGGCCUCCCUUGUGUCCUCUGUGAAGAAGGGCUUCCACAUGAGGUUCUGAGGUGCCCACCGCUUCUCUCCAGUCCUGCAGCAGGAUGGUCAGGCUCACGGGGUCUUGCCAUCGCUGGUGACACCCUGCCAGGCCCGGGGGGGGGGGCUUCCCUUGCUGCCCUCUGGCUGCUUCUCUGUGAAGCUGACUUGUCUUCUUUCUGGCUCCUUGCCAGAAAUUAGGAAAAAUAAAUAAAUUUUUUCAUAUGUUGGAGUCCCACAGGCAGUAAGAUUGGGGUGUAUGUCCAGGGCAGAGAGCCUAAGUCUCAGAGACCAGGUCACAUUGCCCUGGCAAGGCCCUGGGCAGGACGCAGAGAGGACAGUCCCUCCCCCAGGAGACCUGGGUGCACUGUUUGCAGGCAACAGGCUGUAGGUCCAGGGCAGGGGCUUCGAGGCCCCAUGGUGAUGUGGAACGUGGGCCACGCUGCUGGGGC